UCUACUUCCUACUUCACAAACACACCAACUCCGCUCUGCGCGGCUCAGCCACCUUCCUGAGCGUGUCACGCACUUUUCUCAGGUUCCAAGUCCCGCAAAGUCCGAUUCGAUUCGGUUCCGUCCCGCUCCUUCCUGUUCGGACCGAACCGUUAACUGGACCAGUGGGUCCAGUUAACGGGUUGGGCGGGUUUAAUUAGAGAAGUAAGAGUGGAAUGGUUCUGAUUUGGGAUCGUUAAUCAGCGGGACACUUUGGAGGAGUUCCCGGACCACCCAGACGGUACCGGACCGCCUCGGUGCUGCAGAUUUACGGCCGGACCGGAACUCUGACGGGUCGUUGAUCAUCAGCUGCCCGAAUCGGAGCUGCUCCUCUCCCAAUCCCGGUCCAGAUCCUGGUUCUGUAGCCUUUCCAGGUUCGGAACAGUCCCGAAAGGCUCGUCCGGACCGGAUCCAACUGUCCCGGCGCCCCCCGACCUGCAGCCAAUGGCGUCCUUCAUCCUCCUCUUCCUCCUGGCUGUGAUGGGCGGAGCCGUCAGCCAAUCCAAUGACUCCACAGAACCGAUGUGCUACGACUGGGGCGAGUCCAGCCAGGCGGCGGUUCUGGUUCUGGACGGGGAGGCCGGCUGGGUCUCCUGCCCGCUCUUCUCUCACCCGGCCGUCUACAACUACACCACGGCCCAGAGCGCCGGACACGACCUGGUCUGGUACCGCCUGCUGGACGGCCACGACCUGGAGCAGCCCAUCCCCUACAGCGCGCGGGUCAGCAGAGAGCGGGAACGGCUGUGGCUGCAGCCGGCCGUCGCUGACGACACGGGGCAGUACAUCUGCAUGCUGCGCAACAAGUCGUCCUGCAGCAGGAUCGCCGUGCGUCUCCAGGUGCUGCGGCGGGACCAGGCGGUCCGAUCCGCCGGAUGUCCGCAGGUUGCCAUGGUAUCGACUGAGGUGCUGAUCGGCUUCCAGCAGGGGAAGACGCUGACCUGUCCGAACCUGCAGGACGCCUCCAAGAUGGCCGACAGCAACCCGACGGUCAACUGGACCUACAUGAACCAAGACAUGUCGAGGUGUGAACCGUACCCGUUCUGGGACGUUCACCGGGAGCAGGUCGGAACCGGACUCCAGAUCCACACCAUGGUGGCCCCCUAUGAGGGCCUGUACAUCUGUACGGUCCGGUACCGGCGGAGAGGCGGGACGCUGAGCUUCACCAGGACCAUCAAAGUCUCAGGGAUCUAUCCCACCACUUUGCCCAAAGACCCGAUCAUCCUGCACCCAACCAACGGCAAGGUCUUCCCGGUCAGAACCAACUCAGACGUCCAUCUGACCUGCCAAGGCCAGCUUCCUUUCAUCAUUGACAAACCUGAACGGGAGAUUUGGUGGACGGUGGAUGGGAAGAGGGUGGAGCAGCUGAACGACGGCCGCUUCACCCAAACCAACAGCACAAUAGACGACCACCGUGACCUGACGGCGACGACCAUCCUGAAGAUCACAGACGUUCAGUCUGAAGACCUGCAGCGAAACUUCAGCUGCUCAGUGAGAAACGCGCGCGGCUCCAUGUCCCGCUGGGUCCAGCUGGAGGAAGAGGUCUCGCUGCCCUCCGUGGAGCUGGGCUGCGGCCUCGGCGUCACGCUGGUCCUCAUGCUGCUGCUGUUCGUGGUUUAUCACGUCUUCUGGCUGGAGCUGCUGCUGCUGUACCGCUCCUGGUUCGGCACCGACGAGCGGCACACAGACGAUAAGGAGUUUGACGUCUACAUCUCUUACGCGCGGAACGGCGAGGAGGAGCAGUUCGUCCUGUCGACGCUGCGCAGCGUCCUGGAGAACGAGCUCGGCUACUCCGUCUGCAUCUUCGACCGGGACAGUCUGCCCGGAGGGACCAUCACAGACGAGACGCUGAGCUUCGUGGCUCGCAGCCGGCGCCUCCUGGUGGUGGUCAGCCCCGGCUACGCCGCGCAGGGCUCCCAGGCGCUGCUGGAGCUGAAGGCCGGCAUCGACAGCAUGGCGCUGGGCGGCCACCUGCGGGUCAUCCUGGUCCAGUACCGGCCCGUCCAGAGGCAGAGCCUGGUCCGGGAGCUGCGGCGGGCCCGCGUGGCGCUGGCGCUGGUCCGCUGGAAGGGGGACAAGUCCAAGGAGCUGACGUCCCGCUUCUGGAAGCAGCUGAGGGUGGAGCUUCCUGUGAGGAGAGCCGGCAGGGAGCAGCAGGAGGGAAGCAGCAAGGAGGCGGCGCUGAUGAGGCUCCUCAGCCAGAACAGCACCAACUCCCAGACCGGCCUCAUCAGCAACACGACCAAAACGCCUCAGAACAUCCCCAACUCCGCAGCCUGACCCGGACGGCUCCAAACGAACUGGAGGAGCCAAACCAGUCCAACCAGUCCAACCAGUUCAACCAGUUCAAAGUGAGACGGUCAGACCCUCUCAGAGGAGCGGGUUCUGCUCUGGUACCAGCUGGUUGGUUGGUCCUGGAGAAGAGAACCAAUCAGGAUGUGCUAACAGAGGCGACAGAAGAUUGGACUCAUCCAAGGAGAGCCAAGGAAGGUCAAAGGUCAACCAUUUCUGCUGAACGUGACGGUGACCUGAGCCAAGAGUCGGGUCCAAACCGGGUCAGACUCACAGGCGCCAUUUUUAAAGUUAGCAUCGAUAAUUUAGUUUGAAAAAUGGAGAUCAGUUUCUAAAGUCAUAUUUUCAUUUCACCAUGUUGUUCAUUCAUUUUUAAAUGUCACAAAUUCAAACAAAUAUUUAAUUAUGAAGCUAAACACUUUCCUCAACUAAAGCUGCAUAAAUCUAGUUAACUAGUUAACUAGUUAACUAACAUUCAACCUCAAACUAAAGUUUAGUUUAGUUUGAAUGUUCAGUUUGCAGGCUGGUUUUCUUUCAUUUCUUUUUAUUUUAAGAAAAGUCCACCUACAGGUUAAUCAGUAAAAAAAUAUUUUGGGUUGAAAAAAUUCGAUGUUGUUUAAUACGAGUAUUAAACAACAUCGAAUAUUCUGCACUUUGAUUUGCUGCAUCUGUUUUUUUUAUAUAUUUUCUUUUUGAUUAAUUAAAUAAAAUUUAUUUCUGCUUUCAUUGA